CAAGUUCGUUGUCGCCCUCGCGCGGAGACGAUAUUAUAUAAAACGCGGAGGGCGGUUGCGGAGGAGGGGAGCUCUCGGGGCGCAAAGAGGAGUACACGGGCCGUAGAAGGCGACGGAGCUACACUGAUCUGUUGAUGUUGAUGAGAUUAGGGUUUGUUGGUUGUUGGGGUAUUUGAUUUGGUCACUGAUUUGGUGUAUUUUGGGGGUUGUGCAAGAUGGAUCGGUACCAAAAGGUGGAGAAGCCGAGGGAGGAAACCCCGAUUAAGGAGAAUGAGAUCCGCAUCACGACGCAGGGGAGGAUGCGCAGCUACAUUACAUACGCCUCCAGCUUGCUCCAGGAAAAAGGUUCCAAUGAAAUUGUCUUCAAGGCAAUGGGAAGGGCUAUCAACAAAACUAUCAUGAUUGUGGAACUCAUCAAGAGAAGGAUAGUUGGUCUUCAUCAAAAUACUGCUAUUGGGUCUACUGAUAUAACUGACACGUGGGAACCCUUGGAGGAAGGGCUACUUCCUCUUGAGACCACUAGGCACGUGUCUAUGAUCACAAUUACAUUGUCGAAGAGUGAGCUUGAUAAGUCCUCUGUUGGGUAUCAACCUCCUUUACCGGCUGAUCUGGUGAAGCCAAUGGUCGAAUUUGACUAUGAAGGAGAGGGCUCACCUGCUGGUCGGGGGAGAGGCCGUGGUGGUCGUGGUAGGGGAAGGGCUCGUGGCAAUGGUGCGAUGGACUAUGGUGAUGGAAGUUAUGACAACCGCGGCGGCCGUGGGUAUGGUAAUGGUGGUUAUUCUCGUGGAAGAGGCCGUGGUUUCAGGGGUCGUGGCAGAAGAGGUGGCUAUGGUGGCUGGUCUAGUUAUCAGCAAGAAGCUGGUUACUAUAACGAGGAGGCGCCUGUUCCCUACCAAGGCCGAGGGCGUGGUCGCGGGAGGGGGCAAACCCGCGGUAGAGGCCGGGGCCGUGAAUCUAAUUCCAACGGUCCGAUCCAAGCAGAUUCCACCGGGGCGUAACUUGUUAGACGUGUUCGAUAUCCAAUUCCCUGCUUUAUGAUCUAGUCGGAUGGAUGCCUGCUCCCAGUAUGAAGUUGUAUCCUUAUUUUUCUUCUUUUCUUUUCUUUUUCACCUUUUCUUUUCCUGUUAUUUAUUAACCAUACUUUGUAUAAGCUGUCGAUCUUUUCGGAGGCAGCAGGAUUUUGUGGUAGUCACAGGCCUAGGCUAGCGCUUCGCCUUGUCUUAUAAUUAUGUCUAAUUGUAGGAUUGAUCGAGCAGUACAUUCUUUUAUUUAUUUUUUUCUUUUUCCCGAGUGAACUUGUGCUAAGUAGGAUGCACCUUCUCUAAUUAUGUAGUCUGAUCACUGAUCUCUCGAAAGUUACUUAGGUUGUUUUGACGACGAUUUUUAUUUUUUUGCGUCACAUACAUAAUAUUUGGUUGAUUUA